UUGUCGCUUCUUCCUACACUGCGUGCGUCGCCGCUGGUCGUGCCAUGUGCAAUUCCAUGCGUGCGUUGGGUUCGUUCCCAGAUAGCGAGGAGAUGGAAGAUGGCGUGGGCGAUCUGUUUGACCGCAUCGAGGACUUGCUCGACUUCCCCGGCGACGAAGACGUGCUCGGGAUGGUGGAGCCUCGUGGCGACCAUAGCGGCUGGCAUUCGAAUUCUUCUCCGGGGUCCUUCGCCGACCAGCUUUUAGGCAGAAGCGACGACGGUAAGGACUCGCUCGAAGGCGUCGCUGGCGAAAACAAGAAAUCUGUGGACGAAAAAUUUAGCACGGAGGAAGAGAAGCAGAGCCCUUACGAUGAGCUUGACAUAGUGCAACUGGAAUGGAUGUCCGAAUUCCUCGAAGACUCUGACUCCUUCUCACUCGCCGUCCCGUGCAGCGGCGGCGCUGUCAACAAAAGUACCAACAGCGGCGAUGGCCAUGGCCAAGCCAAAGUCAAUGAGCUGUGUUCCUUUUUCACCUCCAGUCCUGUGCUCCAGGCGAACACUAACGCCGGCGGCAGCGGGGGUGGAAGUUACUCCUCCUCCUCUUUCUCUUUCUCUUCCUCUUCCUCGACCUCGGGUUCCUACUUUACCAGCAGCAAUAAGGACACAAGGUCAUCAUCUCUUCCUCUGAGCCCAACGGAGCCGCUCGCCACUCUCGUCGUCCCUGGCCGCGCGCGCAGCAAGCGGACGCGCCGUGCUGCAUUCUCGCCCCGCGGCCACGUCGUCGUCCCUUACUAUUCACCGUCCCCAUUUGCGGUCGCCGUCCCUGAUCCGGUUUCUACAUCCGGCGCGACUUCAGACCCGGAGAGCUUCGGCGAGUCGUUCUCCGCUUCGCCUCCCCUGAGGAAAAAGCAAAACAAGAAGAGCACGGUCCCCGUAGGGGACGAGACGGACUCCCCGCAGCCGGUGCGGAAGUGCACGCACUGCGAAAUCCAGAAGACGCCUCAGUGGAGAGCCGGGCCGUUGGGGCCCAAGACGCUCUGCAACGCCUGCGGCGUCCGGUACAAGUCCGGGCGUCUCUUUCCGGAGUACCGCCCCGCUGCCAGCCCCACCUUCGUCCCCUCCAUCCACUCCAACUCGCACAAGAAGGUGGUCGAGAUGCGCAUUGAGGCCACGCAGAGGGCUGCCUCCGAUGGCUGUGACCUCCUCACAUGCAUUCGCCGGAGGGAGUGAGCCAUGAAACAAUUUCCAGCUCGCAUGAUGAACAAGAAUCGUUAGCAGCAAAAUUUAGCCUGCUUUCUGAUUGAAUUUUUUUCAUAUAUAUAUAUAUAUAUAUAUUUUCUGUAUUCCCCUCUAAAUUUUGUACAGAGGAGGCCGUGAGAGUGAUCGCAGUCAGUCAGUAGUUACUAGGAGACAGAGCACUUGACGAGUCUCUUGUUGUUUAGUUUGAAGCAAGGAAUGAAGGAGGGGGAAAGAACUACAGGGGAGAGUCUCGUUUGAUUUUUUGUAGCUUGAUUAUUGAAUUUUUUUUUGCAGAUAAUCGUUUGAUAAUUACCAGGCAGAUGAUAAAAUGGUGUCCUCCCACUAGUCUCCCCUUUUGGAUGGACAUGACUAGCUAAAGUGCUGAGCAGUCGAUUGAAUACUUAUAGUUGAGGUGAUAGCAUGACUGUUUUACUCUCAUGGCUCGUUUCACCUUAGUCCGAAUCCUCCAAACCUUGCGUCUCCAUUACCAGACCCACUGGGAUUUGCCUGCUUCAACUACUGCAUCAAGAAUUUAAUCAUUCAUGAGGAGGAAUUAGGGCAAACAUCCUGUAAUGGCACUCACUGUUCAACUGCUUUCGUACCGUGCUCUACCUGCACAUCAGUGUGCCACCAACUCGUAAUAAUGUUAUUCGUAUGAUAUUGCCUUUUCCCAUGGUACGCACUUUAUUUGCAGUGAAACAUGUCUGAAGUGUGAGUCUGUGUAUAUGCUCAUAUUCUCGAACAAAGUUGAACAUGAAAGGUUUAAGUCUUUA